GCUCUGGCAUACAGUGUGGCCAUAGUGGUGAACUGACAAGAGCUACUGCGAGCAAGGCACGCCGGAGAUCCAGAUGGGCUGCAACGACAAGUGCGGGUGCGCCGUGCCGUGCCCCGGCGGCACGAGCUGCAGGUGCACCUCGGCGAGGAGCGACGCGGCGGCGGGGGAGCACACGACGUGCGGGUGCGGCGAGCACUGUGGGUGCAACCCGUGCGCGUGCGGGCGCGAGGGGACGCCGUCCGGGCGGGCGAACAGGAGGGCCAACUGCUCCUGCGGCGCGGCCUGCAACUGCGCUUCGUGCGGCUCGACGACCGCCUGAUCGAUGGCCGACGCGUCGACGCGCCACUAGUCGUGAACUGAUGCACUAGUAGUAGAGCUAGCUACUGAGUUAGCCAUAAAAAAGUGCCGCUGAGCCGUGACGAGUCAUAUGUGGGCGCGUCGUGUGUAUUACCUACCCACUCGCAUCAGUGUGUAAGAACGAAUAAAUAGUUUCUGUGAGUUAUUUUCUUCGUUCC